AUGAUCGCAUCUCAAGGAAUGACGCUUUGGCAGGAGAUUUCUCUUUCUAUCUCUUUAAAAAUACAGGACAAUUACAGCGGUAUCGACUAUUCAAUCGAUGAAAUUUCGGAGUCUGAUUCUGAUGAUGAGGCUGGCGAUUGCAAGGAGCUUGUCCAAAUGAAACGAGGCGACGUUUGCCAAUUGCUCGACGAAAACAAUUACAAUAGAAUUCACUUUCUAUUGGAUGGAAGUUAUCGACUUCACAAGCGUUCUGAUCCCGAAUGUCUUCAACAUUUUACAUUGCCCGGCUGUGGUCACUCACUUGCUUAUGUUCUAUGUUACGGCAUUUUAAGUAUCGAGCACAGGAUACUUCUAGCUUAUACACUCGCACGAGCAUGCUGGCAAUUCUAUAACUUCGACAUCGUGCACGAAAAAUGGACUAGUGAAAAUGUUUUCUUCAUGCCGACCGACAAUCAAGAUGGGAAUCAAAUUCCCCUUCGGGCUUUUCUAUCUAUUCCCUUCGAUCAAGUUAGUCGGUCUCCAGAUGAGUUCCUAGAAACAGGCGCCUAUACUCAUCGAUACCCUCGAAUUCUCUUCUUGGGAAUCAUGCUUCUUGAGAUCGGUCUUGGCGAGUCCCUGGGGCUAGGGUCGUUGGGGACGUCGAAACUAAGUUCAGUUGCAUAUAUAAAUAGAGCGCAUGCAAAGGCACGCAUGCGGUUGAAUGAGUUCAAAAAGAUAUCCUGGGAUGGUUUCUCCUACAAAUCCGUGUUUGUUGAAGCAAUCGAAAAUUGCUUGGACUCGCAAAAUUUCAAGAAUACUUACAAGCCACAAAGAAAGCGGGCAAAAGGAGAGGCAUCCAAAAGAAGGCAGAUGGAAGAUAUGUCCGCCCUACAGCAAAGGCGGACUGCCUUGUACCGCAAAACUGUUGCUCCGUUGUAUUGGCUUGCCGAAGUUGGCUUUGAGAGCUCAGGUGAAGUCCCACUUAUUACCGUCAAGAAGUCCCAGCGACAGAAACCGACAGUCGUGGAAGAUGAGGAAAUCCGAACAUUUUGGAAUAAGGUUAGGGCACCAACUUUCGACACAAAUGGCCCUUCUGCUCGAUCCGGAGCUUGGAUGAAUCACCUUGGUGUUAUUUCUGGCCAUGUGCUUCGAUGUCGGAGGCAAGCAAAGAUUAUCCCGCGGAUUCGAGUUGCAAUACUGGACACUGGCUGCCAUAGAGAUCUCCCUUUCUUCCAAAGGAACACUGUUUCAGGUUGCUUCACGGACUGGAAAGACUUUGCCGAUGCCUCACAAGUCCCUGUGGAUACCUUCGGGCAUGGAACAUUUAUGGCCCGCCUCCUACUUCAGAUUGCUCCUAUUGUAGAUCUUUCUGUUGUUCGUGUUGCGGUUACCCAGGAUCAAUUAAGUUCCAACGAAGAAAGCGUCGUCCAGGCCAUUGAAUAUGCUGGCUUGGACUGGAAGGCCGAUAUCAUAUCAAUGUCCUUUAGUUUUUCAAGAUCAAGCACGUCUAUAUCAGAUAUCAUCGACAAGGUCGUGAAAAAGCGAGAGAAUAAAGUCAUAUUUCUCGCCAGCGCCGGAAACUCUUCGAGUGAUCGUGGUGAAGGAUUCCCUGCUCGCCAGCCUUAUGUCAUUCCAAUAUAUGCUACUGAUUAUCAGGGCACAUUUCUCAGGUCAAAUCCCACGAGAUCGGGAGAUGGACCUAGAGUUUUGGGGACCUAUGGCGACAAUAUUCCUGAGUUUAUUCUUGAGGAAAUGGAAACAUCUUUUCCGAGAGGUGAUUUUAGUCCUGGUACCUCAGUCGCAACUGCCAUUGCCGCUGGAAUUGUUGCCAUGAUGCUUUCAUAUUCCGCUGCUCUCCCAGUUUUGGUCCAAGCGAAGCUUUUCGAAGAAACCUUAGAAAAUCUCAAGACGCCGAAAGGAAUGACGAAUUUGCUGCGAGUAAUGUCGCAGAAUACAGACUAUCGGGGAGACUCAGUGAAUCCUAUUCGAUUUUGGAGCGAUAAGUCCAAGGAUAAGGAGGUUUUUCUCGCAAUCUGCAGGGCUCUAGCGGAAUAG